GUCACGUUUCACUACGGUUCGGAAGAAAUGGCGGACAUAGAUGAACUGUUCGGUAGUGAUGGAGACAGCGACAAUGAACAGCGAGAGUCUGGCUCUGGCUCCGGCUCCGACUCGGAACAGGAGAGACCUCGAUCUGCCAGCAACGCCUCGGGCAGCGGCAGCGACAGCGAGAGGGAGCGGGAUGAUGAUGAUGAGGAAGAAGGCCACGACGCUGGCAAGCCCAGCAUGAACAAGGAGCUGUUUGGAGACGACAGUGAAGAUGAGCAGCACAGUCAGCACAGCGGCAGCGACAACCAGUCGGAGCGCUCCGGAAACCAGUCGGACGCCAGCAUGCACUCCGACCAGGGGGACAACGACCACUCGGACGCAGAGCAGCACAGCGGCUCGGAGCGCGGCCACCGCGACGAAGACGAGGACGAGGAUGAAGGGGGCCACCGGUCGGAGGGGGGCAGCCCGGCGGGCAGCGUGAUGUCGGGCGGCGGAAGUCCUCGUUCUGAGAGAGGAAGCGCUCGUUCAGACCGGAGUGUGCACAGUGAUCCCGGAACCCCUCAGUCGGGGCCCGGCACCCCACAUUCUGACGGGGAGGCGUCCGGCAGGGAGAACCAGUCGGACGACGAGAAGUGGGGAGGAGGAGGAGCCAAGAGCGACCAGUCCGAGGACGAGGAGGAGAAACGUCAUUACUCUGACGAGGAGAGGGAGAACUCUGACGACGAGGGCCCCAGAAACAGGAAAUCAGAGUCUGCAAAGGGAAGCGAUAGUGAGGACGAUUUCAUCAGACAGAAAACCAAAGCAAAGGCUGCGUCUGAUUCGGAUUCAGACAGUGACGUCGGAUCAAAGAAAACAAAGAAGACGGCAGCAGAUGACCUGUUUGGAGAGGCGGACGACAUCUCUUCAGACAGCGAUGCGGAGAAGCCUCCGACGCCGGGACAGCCGCUGGAUACAGAAGAUGGGAUGGAGGGGGAGCAGGCAGAAGAGGAACCUGCCCCCGAAACUCGCAUUGAAGUAGAGAUCCCAAAAGUCAGCACUGACCUGGGAUCCGACCUUUAUUUUGUAAAACUGCCCAACUUCCUGUCGGUGGAGCCCAGACCCUUUGACCCUCAGUAUUAUGAGGAUGAGUUUGAGGAUGAAGAAAUGUUGGACGAGGAGGGACGAACCAGGCUCAAACUGAAGGUGGAGAAUACGAUCCGGUGGAGAGUGAAGCGAGACGAAGAGGGAAACGAAACCAGGGAGAGCAAUGCCCGCAUCGUCAAAUGGUCUGACGGCAGCAUGUCCCUCCACCUGGGGAACGAGGUGUUUGACGUUUACAAAGCUCCUCUCCAGGGCGACCACAACCACCUGUUCAUCCGGCAGGGCACGGGGCUGCAGGGGCAGGCCGUGUUCAAAACCAAGCUCACGUUCAGACCCCACUCGACAGACAGCGCCACCCACAGGAAGAUGACGCUGUCUCUGGCUGACCGCUGCUCCAAGACCCAGAAAAUCCGAAUCCUUCCCAUGGCUGGCCGAGAUCCGGAGUCACAGCGGAACGAAAUGAUCAAGAAAGAGGAGGAGCGGCUGCGAGCGUCCAUCCGCCGAGAGUCCCAGCAGCGGAGGAUGAGGGAGAAGCAGCACCAGCGGGGCCUGAGCAGCAGCUACCUGGAGCCCGACCGCUACGACGACGACGAGGAGGGCGAGGAGGCCAUCAGCCUGGCGGCCAUCAAGAGCAAGUACAAGGGCGGAGGAGGAGGCCUGAGAGAGGAACGAGCAAGGAUCUACUCUUCAGACAGCGACGAAGGCUCCGACGACGACAAAGCCCAGAGGCUGAUGAAGGCCAAGAAGCUGGACAGCGACGAGGAGGGCGAGGGAUCGGGGAAGAGGAAGGCAGAAGACGACGACGACGACGAAACGGCCACCAAAAAGGCCAAAAAAUAUGUCAUCAGCGACGAAGAAGAAGAGGAGGAAGACGAUGAUGAAUAAUUUUUUUUUUUUUUUUUUUUUUUUUUUUAUCAUUCCACUGUAUUAUCAGUGCUCCGGCCCACAUGGCAUAUAAACAGCCAUAUUUUGUUUUGUAUAGUUUCCUAAGAGCGGCGUGUGGGUGAGUGUGUGUGUGUUUGUCGUGUACAGCAGAGGUGAGAAAUAAAGAAAUUGUGGACUUAUGUAACCAGAGUUCCUCAACGCCCGUUUAUCUUUUUAGACAUUAUGAAUCAUAUGCAUGAAUCACACUGUUGUGAUAUUAUGAAACGCACCGCUCAGCUCGGCUUUCAGGCUAAAAAACAAAAAGCGUUAAUGGGAGAGGUGCAGC